AUGGGGGGUAUCAAGUUCUGCCUUUUACUGCUGCUGGGCACAUACACACUGGCCCAGCAAGAUGUGGGAAAUGUUGAGGAACAAUCUCCAGUUUGCUCCUUGGCCAAACGAUUCAAGAACUUCCGCCGGUUUGUCUAUGACUAUGAAGCUGAAACCUUUAACGGCGUGAACGAAGCUACCGACAAUAAGAACGGCCCCAAAGUCUCCUGCAAAGUUGAGGUUGAAGUGCCCCAGACCUGUAGCUUCAUCCUCCGCACAACAGAGUGCUCUCUGAGCGAGAUCUCUGGUGUGGACGCAGAAGGGAACACAGUGUAUCGUCCUGCAGAGAAAGCUCAGGCUUUCACAUCUGCCAUGGCCAAGAACCCUUUGAAGAUCACAGUCGAAGGACACAUCGGUGUCAGACUCUACCCCGAGGAUGACGAGCCUGUCAACAUCCUGAACAUCAAGAGGGGAAUCGUCUCUGCUCUCAUCGUGCCAGUAAUGGAAGAGGAGAAGAACAAAAACAUGGCCACAGUGCAUGGAGUGUGCCCCACCGACUUCAGUGUCAACACCAGAGAGGACAUUGCCACCGAUGUGACUGUCAACAGGGAUCUCUCCAAAUGUGACUUUUACUUUGCCCGCAGGCAGGUCACCAGUCCCCUGGCCCUGAUCACUGGCAUGAACUACCCUCUGUCCAAGAUGAUUAGCAGCACCCAGACUUGCAACUACAAAUUUGACAACCAGAAGAAGCACAUGACCAGUGGAAUCUGCACAGAGAAACACAUCUUCCUGCCCCUUUCCCACCAGAAUGAAUAUGGAAUUUCUACUCUGGUGAAGCAGACUGUGACUCUGAGAGAGACGACCAAGAUCAAUGACAGAGUCUUUGACCACAUUGAGCAAAACCUUGUGGACUUGGCCAUGGAUGUUGCUGACGAGAAGUCCCCUGUUCAGACCACGGAGGGUGCCAUUGCCACCAUGCAGCAGCUGAACACCCUGUCACAGACUACUCACGGCGAAGACCGUGCCAGCCUCUUCCAGAAGCUGGUGUCUGAGCUGCGUGGCCUGAAGGUUGACGUCCUUGCAUCUGCUACUGUUGAGAUGAUGGACAUGUCCCAAUCUCUGACAUGGCAAGCUUUGGCUCAGUGCGGCAGCCCAGAGUGCACCAGCGCCAUGCUGAAGAUUCUCAGGACCUUUAAUGAGAAUGCCCUUGAGGUUGAUGCUGGUGUCUACGCCUUGGGACUGCUACAUAACCCCUCUCGUCUCAUGGUUAAGGACAUGCUGGCAAUGGCUGAGUACAAGCAGAGCAAACCCAUCAUGUAUGCUCUGAGCAAUGCUGUCAGGAAACUGUACAGGAUUGAGGGCGUCACCCCCGAGAUCUCUGCUGCCUCUGAGUUCAUGGCCUCCCUCCUGGGGGCAGACUGCUCUGGGGAGAAAGAUCAGACCUUCCUGACCUUGAGGGUUAUUGGUAAUAUGGGAGAUGCAAUGGAGGCUGCUGACCCUGCUAUAAAGACCACCCUGCUGAAGUGCAUGAGACAGCCUGCAACCACACUGUCUGUGCAGCUGGCUGCCAUCCAGGCUUUCAGACUUAUGUCUCCAACUGAUGAGGUUCGCUCUAACCUCCAGAGGGUCAGCCAGUACCCCAAGGGGGCUGUGCAGAAGCGCCUGGCAGCUUACCUGAUCCUGAUGAGGAAUCCCCAGGACAGUGACAUCGAGAUGGUGAAAAAGCUGCUUAAUCAGGAGCAGAACAUGCAGAUCAAGUCCUUUGUGACCUCCCACAUCUACAAUAUCAUUACCUCCACUGAUUCAGAGACCCAGAAGCUCGGUCAGAAGAUAAUGGAAGCCCUGCAGGACACUGACGUCGCCACACACAGCGACUACAUCACAAAGUCUCGCAACUACAAGCUGGGCAUGGCACAUGAGAGCAUACAGGCCGCCAUUCAAGGCAACAUGAUCUUUGAUGCCAGUAGCCAGUUGCCAAGGGAGAUGUUGCUGGAAACUACCCUGAAAGCUUUUGGUUUCAACAUGGAUCUUUGGGAGAUUGGCAUGGAAGGAAAAGGCUUCGAGCCAACCAUUGAUGCUUUAUUUGGAAAGAACGGUUUCUUCCCUGACACAUUGGGCAAGGCUAUGUACUGGACUUUAGAGAAGAUUCCACCAAAGAUGAAAGAGGAAAUGGAUAAAUGGGUUUCUCCCAUGGACACUGAAGGACGAAAGGUUCCUGAAAAUCUUGUGAGAGAAAUUGUUCGCAACUUCAACAAACUGGUAAAGGAUCUGCAAAAUCAAGAGUCCCCAGAGGCCACGGCCUACCUGAAGAUCAUGGGAGCUGAGCUUGGCUUCAUCAAGGGCAACGAACUGAAGUUUAUUGCUGAAAACGCACAGAUGUAUGCAGAGAUUUUAAUGAAGAUCAUACCUACCCAGGUUAUCUCUAAACUGAUGUCCAGCACUGACAAUGAGAUCUUUGCCCAUUACAUCUUUAUGGACAACAAAUUCAUCUUGCCAACAUCAUCUGGUAUGCCUCUGACAUUUGCUCUGUCUGGCACCUUCACUCCUGGAGCAAAGGGAGGCAUUCGCAUGGCUCCAAACAUGAAGGAGCUGCUCUUCACACCCUCUAUUGGAGUUGAGUUUGUGACAAAGAUGGGAGUACAUGUCCCUGAAUUUGUUGUGUCCGCUGUUGAGAUGCACACCAACAUCUACCACGAGAGCACCCUCAAUGCCAAGAUCACCAUGGAGCAAGACCAGAUCAAGCUUUCCAUCCCCGCCCCACAGGGCACCACAAGGCUCUUGACCAUCAGCAACAAAGUGUUGAUUGUCGGCGCUGGCCAGGCUGCAGUGAUCCCACAUACAAAGGGUGACACAAGCUGCAGAUCUCUCUUCUCUGGACUCAGAUAUUGCACCAAAAUACUCGGGGCCACCACCUUCCCCCUGAAUGGAGAGACUGAGUUUGCUUUGGACUUCAUGCCUUUAGCAGAGGUUUCUGAGUACACAGCCACCAUUGCCUACAAACUCCUGAGCGAAGGAAAGGACGGCCGUCAGAAGGUUGAUUCUUUGGAAUUGGCUCUGAGAGCUGAGGGUACUGAGCCAUCUGAGGCUACAGCCACCAUGAAGUACAACAGGAACAGGAAUGUCUUCACGACCCAAAUCCAUGUACCGGACUUUGAUGUUGAGGCUGGCGUUAAGGUUGGCAUGACUGACAGCAGUGCCAAAGGCAAAUCCAUUAUCCUUGAAAUCUCCAACAAGAACGUGCCCCAGCUCUCACUGAUUGGCCGUGCCAAGGUUCAGGCCAUGACUGAUGGCAUGCUGCAAGUUCAGCUGUUAGUCCCCUCACUGAAGACUGACGCCGCCAUCACUGCCACCAUGAGCAAAGCUGAUGUACUCACCAUGGAGAUCAAAAGUGAAGUCAAGCUCCCAGAGACCUCCUCCAUUCAGGCCAUCACAUUCAAAUAUGGUGAAAACCAGGCUGAGGUUCAGCUGAUGUCCAACAUGAAUGCUGAUACUAAGAUCCUGGUGCCUUACACUAAAGCCAUCCAGGCCUGGCUUGCGCAGCUUGUGGAGGAUGUCAUGGACCAGCAAGUUGUCAAGACCGACAUGAAACUGAGUCAUGUCUUUAACAAGGCAGUUGAGGCCAGUGAUAUCUGGAUGGACAAGAUCUCAGCUGAUGUUCCCUAUGUUGAGACUCUGAGGAACAACAUUGGAAGUGUAGAAAUGCCCUCCAUGCCUGAAAAUCUAUUCAUGAACCUGGAUAGCACAUUCAGAUACCAGUUCAACCAGGAACGUUUGACCAUCACUGUCCCUCUACCUCUUGGAGGCAAAUCAUCUGAGGAGCUAAGGAUACCUUCAAUGGUCAACUCCCCACACAUCUCCAUGCCUCAGAUGGACAUUGAGUUUGCCUCACAGGAGAUCCAAGUCCCCACUUUUACCAUCCCUUCUGAAUAUGAUCUCACCCUGCCUCUGAUGGGAAUGGUGGAAGUAUCUGCCAAGGUGAACAGCAACUAUUAUAACCUGGAGGCAACUGUGUCUGCUGGUAACAACACUGCAGAGUCUCCUAGCUACUUGGUCAAGUUCAGCGUCAUGGCUGAUAGUCCAAUCAAAAUGCUCUCCUUCUCAACUGAGGGAGCUACAACAAUCACUGAUGGAGGAGAGAAUAUAAAAUUCACCACUGAUGGUUCCCUAAACCACAUGCUCAUGAACACAGGUUUUAAUGUGCUUGAAACCAUUGCUGUCACAGACAAUGUCAUGUUGACAGGAAGGUAUAACAUCUAUGCCGUCUCCCCUGUGGGUCUGGACACUUCUCUGACUAUUACCACCCAGGUCACACUAGAUUCAAACAUGCUCUCUGGAGAUAUCAACACAGACGGAAGUGUGUCUGUUGGACCCAUGACUGCUAGCACCACUUAUCUCCACACCUUCUCUGUUGAGCCAGCAAAGAAAGAAGCUAAACUGGAGAGUACACUGAGUGUGAACUCUGAAAUCCUGAAGGUUUCCAACAAGAUAAAGGCAUCAUAUGCAAACGAGGAACUUCUGAUUGAGUCCAACACCAACAUGAACACUGACCCCAUCAAGCACACCACCAAAAUGAGCCUUAGCUACAAAGAUGUCAAGCUUAACAUCCAGUCUAACUCUGUGACCAAAGCUAAUGAGCGAAUGCUUCGUAGCCAGAUGGAGUUUUCUGCCUCUGAUGGACAGGCCAGCCUGAGGAUAGAGAAUCAAGCUGAUGACACAGUAAACCGUGCCUACUCUUUGCUCACUGGGUCGCUGAACCCCUCUGGCUUGGAGAUCAAUGCUGAUGCCUCCCUGAACAUCUUCUCAAGCAUUGCUUCUCACAAGGCAACCUUGGCCCUGAACACAAAUGGCCUGACCACCAGCUGUACAACAACUGCUCAGCACAGCCCAAUGACCUUCGAGAAUGUUUUCCACGGUGGAGCUGACACCUCUGGUGCAACCGUGUCUCUCACCACUAAGGGAGCCAUUAAAGAGAACAAGGCGGAACUCAAUGUUGAGGGAAAGCUUGCAAGCAAAGACGUGUAUCUCAACUCUAUCCUUAAGAGUGACCUCUUUGACAUCAACACCAUAAACAGAGUGAACCUCAGACUGAAUGAAGAUGGCUUGAUCCUCUCCAACAACAUUAUUGGAUCUCUCAACGAGAUGAGGACUGAAAAUACCAACUCACUGUCUCUUACACUGAGAUCUUUCACCCUCCGCUCCAAGACCGACAACUUCCUUGACGAGAAGAACUCCUACAUGCAUGACAUCACAGUUAACAUGGAGCGUUUUACUGCAGCUGUUAAUGUGAAAAAUGACCUGAAGAUCAUGGAGAUUAACUUUGUGAAUGAUGCCCAUUUCAAGGCAGAGCCCUACAACGUGGAGCUAACUGGAACAAUGAUGGGUGUAUUCACAAAGGAAGAACUCAAGCACACUUAUGAAGUCAAGUUUGUUGACAUGGCCCUCUCUGCAAAGUGCAACACCAAUGGUAAACUCCUGAGUGCUCAAAUGACACAGACCACUGAUAUGGAGAUUGCUGGUCUGACAAUGAAAUUCAACAAUGUGGCUAACUUCAACUCACCAGUUCUUCGUAUGGACAGUAUAGUCAAAACUGUUGCUGCACCCUUCACUCUGAACAUUGAUGCCAUUUUCAACUCAAAUGGUGCAGUGUAUUGUUUUGGUGAGCAGAGCGGCGAAAUAUACAGCAAAUUCCUCCUGAAGGCAGAACCCCUGUUGUUCACACAAUCAUUUGAGUACAGAGCCUCAACCACCCAUCAACUGGACGGCAGACCCGAUAUCAACACCAAAAUGGACAACAAAUUCAACAGCAUGCUGAGCCUCCAAGAGCAGAGUGUCACACUGAAGAUGGCAUCCUCGGUGGAUGAGCACACUUUAAACCAAGAAAUGAGUGCCUAUAACAAUGCAGAGAGAAUGGGUAUUGAGAUGUCAGGAGUUGUUUCUUUCAGUGCGGCUGAUGAAGAUUACGCCAUCUCUGGAUUUGUGAAAUACGACAAGAAUAGUGACAGCCACUUUGUCCAGAUCCCAUUCAUUGAGCAUCUGCCUGCAGUUAUUGAAAAUGUGAAGACCACAAUGAUGAGAAUGAUGGACAACAGCAUUGAGAUGCUGAAAGACUUCAACACCAAGUAUGAGAUCAGUGCCACAUUGCAGAACAAAGUGUCAGAACUGAAAGAGGUCAUUGACAACUUUGACUACAACCUCUUUGUCCAAGACCUGAGAAAGUUUAUCAACUCAAUGGAAAACUUCAUGACCAACCUGACAGACAAAUUCCCAACUGACAAAGUCAUGAAUGUGCUGAAAUCAAUGAAAAAUGCUAUCAUGGCUUGGAUCAAGAAGCAUAACAUUGUUAACAACUUCAAUGUAAUGUAUACCAAAGUAGAGGAGAUCCUCUCUAGCUAUGAGAUUGAGAAGAUGAUUGGGGCCAUUAUGGAUGAGGUUGUUAAAAUCAUGAAGCAGUAUCAGGUGAGGGAAAAGGUGCAGUCUACAAUUGCUGCUCUCAAGUCAAUUGACAUCCAGCCUUUGCUCAAAGGAGUUAUGGCACCUGUUCAGGACCUUGUGAAUGAACUGUAUUCCUUUAACUUCAAACAGCUGAUUGAUGACAUGAGUGACUAUUUCUUGAGGAUGGUCCAGAAACUCAAAUCUUUUGAUUAUGACACAUUCACUAUGGAGUUGAAAGAGAAAGUGGCAGAUAUGAGCAAGAUUCCCUGUUUUGGAAAACUCUACGGAGAGUUCAGAGUCACCUCGCCUGAUUACAAACUUAGGACCACUGCUGACCUUGAGAACACAACAGCAACAUCAGUCACACCAGAGUUCAAAAUCAAUCUUAACUCACAGGCUACAUCUACUUGGACAAUCCUUGAAUUCACAGUCGAUGCCAGUACUCAUUUUGCUGUGCCCAAGAUGAGUCGCCUGUCCAUCUCUGAGAACAUCAAAGUUGAUCAGUUAAGUUUCACACUUGACCACAAGGGAACAAUUAAUCUCUAUGGCCUGUCAGCUCAAGCUUCUGCUGAAACUACUGCAAAUGUCGACACUGCGCUCUAUGUUGCCAAGCUUGAAAACAAUGCAAUCUUUGCCAUGGAAAAUGGAGUUUCUGCCACUGUGGAGACUGGCUACAGCCAUAAAAUCAACAUGCCAUCCCUCAACAUUUUUAGUGAAACCUCAAUGAAUCAAAAGAAUGUCAUCCAGAUUGAGGCUGGCACUGCGCAUCUGACCAUUAACAAUCUUGCCAAUGCAAAAUGUGCAGUUCAGGACAUCUCAGAUGAAGUAACCCACAAAAGUGACAUGGAGGUGGUCAUGGAUCUCCACACAGCCAAAGUGACUUUCACUGGAGCAACAGGUAGCAGCCACUUCAAACUGAGUCAAAAUAUGGUUGCCGAAAUCUGCAUUUUCCGCCACAUUAUUAUUGAUGCCAAGUUUGAGACAGAAACACCUUUCAUGAAGGGCAGUGUUGCAGAUGUCAAGUUCCAGGCUAAUGCUGGAGACAUGAAAAUUGAUUUCACUGCCACUCACUCUGCUGAGCUAGCUGGAAAGAUUGAUGGAACUCUCUCAAACUCUGUGCUUGCUUUGGUCACACCUAGUGAGUUUAUGUUAGACACCAAAAACAAGGGAAAUGUCAAGGUUUCUCUUCCAUUCAAGCUGUCUGGAAAGACGGAUCUCCAGAAUGACAUCUCUUUGACCCUGAACUCUGAAGUGCAGCAGGCUAGCUGGACAGGUCUGGCUAGAUUUAACCAGUACAAAUACUCACAUUACUUAACCAUGGAUAAUGGUGACAAAGAAAUUAACAUAUUUUCCCAGAUUAAUGGAGAGGCAAAUCUGGACAUGCUAAAGGAGCUUAUCACCAUUCCUGAAAUAAAUGUGCCAUUUGUCGGUAUGAAGACACCAAGUGUGGUAGACUACUCUCUCUGGGAAGACACUGGCCUGAGCAACCUCCUGAUCACAACUCAGCAGACAUUUGACAUGAACUCCAAGAUGAAGUACACGAAGAACCCUGAUAUGAUCACCAUUGACAUUAAUGUAAAUCCAGUCAUCAAUUUCAUUAAUAACAAUGUCAAGACUCUUCACAAGAAAGUGCUCAUCAGCAAAGAUAAGGCUGCAGCCAUCCUAGCUACAUCUUAUGACCAAGCAAAGGCAGAGUAUGAAAAUUAUAGCAUUGAGUUGCCAAAAACCUUUACAGUCCCUGCAUACAAAGUUCCAGUGAUAAAUGUCGAGGUGUCCACAUUCACCAUUCCCCUGCCCGACGUCAGUCUCAUCACAAUGCCUGCUCUGCAUGUUCCAUCUGCCCUCAGCAAGCUGACUCUUCCAAAAAUCACCCUCCCUAAAAUUCAGAACAUCAAGAUCCCAGUACUGGGUGAUCUGACCUAUGAGUUCUCCAUGAAAACCGCAAUGAUCACGCUCAAAACUGAUGCCAGCAUCCUUAACCAGGACAGCAUUCUCAUCAAACUUGAUGCUUCCUCAACCUCUGAGUUUGAAGUUCUGACUGGAAGAAUUGAGGGCAAUACCAAUGUGAACACAGCCGGCGGAUUUAAAAUGGCCUCUGUUCUGUCUGCGAAACAUUUAGUGUUUGAGGGGAACCAUGACAGCACCAUCACCUUAAGCUAUGAAAAUGUGGAUACCUCCAUCACCAAUUCAGCAAAGGUCAAUCUACCUGUCCUUACUAUGGAAAUCUAUCAGGUGAUUACUGGAAGUCCAGAGGACGGCCUUGUUGUCUCUCUGUCCACUCCAUCUGCAGGACUCAUUGCACUUCAAAUGCAGACUAAGCGCCCAGCACAAGUGAAAGCAAGAGUCUAUGGCCGCUACCCGUCCGAGCCAACAACCGACAUUGAUAUCUUGGGUCUGAAGAUGUCUGUGAUGAACUCUGAGAAGCUGAACCUUCAGACAACCUGGAACAUGGAGAUUCCACAUGAGAUAAUGCUGGGAGCGAAGAAACAGGUGCCCGCAGUCAUGAAAAUGGUGUCUGAUCCUGCUGUCAGGACAUACAACACAAUCCACAGACAAGCUAGAAGCCUUAAGGGUUCUUUUGAGCAGGUUACAGAGCAGGGAAGAGUAAUGUUCAAGAGGGCUGUUGACAACCUUGCAGCAGUAUAUCCUUCUAAUAUUAUGACAACUGUCACAGAUAAGACCAUUUUGAUCCUCAGAGAAUACCAAAAGAAAGUUGAAAUUGUUCUUGAUGCUGUCGUUAAAUUCCUGAGAGAGACCAAGUUCCAGAUCCCUGGGUAUGAACAGAGGCUGUCUGGGCUUGAGGUUUACCAGAAAUCGAGUGCUUUUAUUGCUGAUGUGUCUGAAGAGGCUGUUCAAAAGGUUCCUGAGUACUUUGCCUCCAUGUUAACAGAAGUCCUUGAUUAUUACCAAGCAAUUGAAUUCACCCUUCCUGGCUCUAACUACGUCGUCAGCGGUAGAGAAAUUCUUGAUGACCUGUUUGUAGCAUUGAGGAAAAUUCAAGACCAAGUGAUUCUGACUGUUAGGAAACUGGGAGAAAUCCAGCUGGAAGAUGUCAUUAAUAAAUUAUCUGCAUUUGUGCAGUUUGCCACUGAACAAAGUGAGAAGUUUCUCCAAACCCUUAAAUCUCAGAACGUAGAGAAGCUCUCCACCUUUGUGACCGAAGUAUACGAUGAUGCCAUCAACUCUCGUGUCCUGGCUGAUGUUACCGAGCAGGUUGAAGAGGCCCGCAAAAUUGUUGUAGAAUAUCUAAAAGCUGUGAAAGCUAAGCUCCAGAAUAUUUUGGCUGACAUGUCUUUUGAACAGCUUCAAGCUGACAUCCAGUCCUGGAUCGACUUAUUGGUAAAACGUGUGAAUGCUUUCCAAAACAAUGUCAUUGAGACACUUAAGAAGAAAAGCAAAAAUAUUGAACAAUUUGUAAGAGUAGGCGACAGACAAAUAGAGGUUGACAUUCCUUUACCAUUUGUUGCUACAUUCAACUAA